AUGGAGAACACACUGCGAUUGAUUGGUAUCCUAAUAUUUUUAAUAUCCUGGAGGCAAAGCGACACAACUAGCUAUAAACUGUCCAAUGUAGUUUGUGGCAGUUAUAACCAAUCCUGGGUCAGGAUAAACGAGUGUCGCCUGAAGGCAAUUAGUCGAAAUAAAACCAUUUUCAACUUUAAUGCUACAUUUCUAUAUCCCACAAAUGAUAUAGUGAUGCACAAUCGAAUGUUCAAACGGGAAAGUGGAUACAAACCAUGGCUAAUCAACACCAAAGUGAAUAGCUGCCAGUUUAUGAUAAGACCCUAUAAUCCCUUUGUCUUAUUCAUAUUUAAAUUAUACAAGGACUUUUCCAAUAUAAAUCACACUUGUCCAUAUUACGGGGAUAUGAUUAUCAAAGGAAUGUAUCUAACAUCCAAUAUAGAAGUUCUUCCGAUUCCCACCGGCGACUAUAUGUUGGCCAUAGAUUGGUUAUUCUACAGAAAGCCACAAUUUGCAACGAAUGUUAGUUUUCAAUUUGUGGAGAAUUUAAUAUAA